AUGGUGAAUGAAGGAUUUGGCCCCAACUGUGGUCAGUCGAAAGCCGAAAUCUUCCAAUCAACCGAUAAAAAGAUAGAUCGUUUCGAAUUCAAAACCCUCCUUCUGGAAGGAUUCAGGAUUGUCGCGGUAAACUACCUUGUUAGCUGCUUACAAUGUACUGUUGGAUGGAUAAAACCUCGCAUCGUGCUACUCCAUUUCGGUGCGGCCAUCACAAGCGCCCAACGAAGGGGUGGCAGUGUUGUAGUGAAGGAGGCUGAGCCGCAAAGUCAGCACGAUACAGCACACUUGGUGUAUGUAAAGAAGCCGGGAGAUGAUGGCAACAUUGAUAAGGAGAUAGAUAACGAAAAACUUUCCAGAUUAGAAAACGUAGAAGCAAUCAAAAACUCGACCUAUGAAACUUCUUGUUGUGGUAAAGGAUUCAGAACUCAUUGUUGCACAGAACCUUGA